AUGCUCGUCGCAAGAGCACCGCGCACCCUCGCACACCGGGCACCCCGCCUGCGCCCCUCGAUCCUCGCCUCGCCCUCGUCCCCCUCCUCCUACUCUCGCCCCUCGUCCACCUCGGCACCAGCACCAGCCACCGUGCCACCCAUCGUCGGAACGGCACCCGACAUGCCCCGCCACCUCGUCCUCCACACCCCGCAUCCGACCGCCUCGUGGCCCUCGCACCUCGACUCGACCUCGACCCUGUAUCGCACCCUCGCUCAACGCUGGGCACACCACCCCAAGCUCUCUAAACUCGGAUUCGCCGUCUCGGACGCCGGCAAAGGCCCCGUCGACCAGCCGUGGGACCCGAGUCGCGGCAAGUUUGACGUGCCGCCGCCGCCAGAGGGCGCUCCCGAAGAGUCGUAUUCGGCGACGCUCUACCCCGACUUCCUCGACUUUCCCUCGCUCUCGCUCUCGACCCUCGACGCCUUCGAGGCCCAGUACCUCGCCCUCCCUCCCGCACCCUCCUUCCCCGUCUCGUCCGCCGCAUCCACGUCCGCACCUCCAACCGCAUCCUCGUCCUCGCCCUCGCCCCGCACCCACAUCUUCGUGUGCACCCACACGACGCGCGACUGCCGCUGCGGCGACCUCGGCGAGCCCUUGUACGCCGCCCUCGUGCGCGAGCUGCAGCGCCGGCGGCGAGGGGGAGCGAACGCCGUCGAGGGAGGAGAGCUGCGCGAGGGCGACGACGGCGUCCGGGUCGCGAGGGUCGCGCACGUCGGCGGGCACAAGUGGGCCGCCAAUGCGCUCGUGUACCGCGAGGGUGGCGGGUGCGACUGGUACGGCCUCCUCCGCGCCGACGACGCCCCCAAGCUCAUCGACCUCGCCCUCGCGCCCUCGUCUUCCUCCUCGGCAUCCGAGCCCUGGUACGCUCGCUGGCGCGGCCGCCUCGGCCUGUCGCCCUUUGCCGUCCGCGCCGCCUACGCCGCGCGCCCCGAGGGCGCCGCCGUCGCUGGCCGCAAGACGGACGAGCCGAGGAGCGAGCUCGGGGACAGGGUCGAGCUCGUGUUUCGGACGUUCGAGGGCGAGGAGAUCUCGGUGGCGGGGUACGAGGGCGAGAGUGUCAUGGAAACCGCCCGUCGGCACGACCUGCCCUCGAUCCUCGCCACGUGCGGCGGCCACUGCGAGUGCGCGACGUGCCACGUCCACCUCGCCGAGUCGGCGCCCCAGCCCGACAUGAAGGACGAGGAGGACGAGCAGCUCGAGUUUGCGCUCGGGGCCGACGACGACUCGAGGCUCGCGUGCCAGCUGCCUGUCACCAAGGAGCUCGGCGAGUGGGUCGCAGGCGGCGGGCGGAUCCGGCUCCCGAGGUACUAGAGGGCUCAGCUAGACUGCAUUGCAUGUUAUCUGAGCGUC